CCUGCUCAGGUACCAGCCAAGCACUGAUCAGUCUGACUGAGCCUCCUCGAGACAGAAUGACUCUUUACCUUUGUCUCCCUCUGCUGGUUGUGCUGCUGCAGCCAGCUCUGUGUCUCUACAACUGCUCAUCUGAGUAUAAGAGGACCCCAGACAAUUCUGACCUGGCAGUGGAGUGUGGCACCAGUAUGAUCACCCUGGAAAUCAACCUGUGCACAGCUCAGUGGGCAGGUUUCAACAGCACAGACCUGGCUCUCAACGGGAACCACAACACUACGAUGUGUCUGGGUGAUGUCGAUAAUAGUGUGAAUCCCCCAGUCAUCCGUUACCAGCUUCAUGUUAACCACAGUCAGGAUAAUCCUUGUCGCCAGUCUCUGCAGAUUGUGGAUGAGGUCCCGGACCCUGCAGGUCCCUUCAGCAGUUUCUUAACUAUCCAGUCCGUUAUCAUUACUGGGUACAUUGACACACCCAGAGCUGACCAGGGGCUGAUCAGCUACUCUACAGAUCUCUACUACCACUUUUCCUGCCGCUACCCACUGGAGUACCUGAUCAACAACACACAGAUUGUGGCCUCCUCAGUUUCUGUGGCGACCAGCGAUAAUAAUGGAACCUUCAUUGAUACACUGAAAAUGGGCGUUUUUAAUGACACCGACUUUAGCUACCCGUUGGUGGUACCUUCAACAGGACUGGAGCUGAGAACCAGGGUCUAUGUGGAGGUCAAGGCUGUAAACCUCACUGGAAAUUUCCAUGUACUGCUGGAUCACUGCUUUGGCACUCCCACUGCAUACAACAUGUCGCACAGUGAGCAGCACAACUUCUUCACUGGUUGUUCAGUUGACCAAAGGACAUCUGUGACAAGCAAUGGCCUUUCCAAAACUGCCCGAUUUAACUUUGAGGCCUUCCGCUUUGUUCAGCACCGUGACCAAGCAAAAUCCAGCAUCUAUCUCCACUGCAUAAUGAGACUCUGUGAGCCCAGCAAAUGCCAAGAGCUGUUGUCUGCCUGUAAUAACAGAAGAAAAAGAUCUUUGACUCCUUUUGGAGAAGAAACCACAGAUUCUGCCACUGUUUCAGUUGGACCUCUUUACACUGCCAGUGAAGAUAGGCCAUAUGCAGCUGCCUACAGUAAUGACGUGGCAUCAGAGAAGGAUGAUGUGAAUGUGACAGGCCUGGUGGUGGGGGUGGUGUUUGGCUCGGCUGCUGCUGCCUUGCUGGUUCUGGGAGGCUGGUUCGUCCUGAAGAAGUUUUAUUGGGUGGGAGGAUUACCUCAUGCCUUUGACUGA